GCUGGUGCUCCUGGACGCGGGCAUCGUGACGCAGCUCAGCCGAGCGGAUCAGCGCAACUUCAGAGACGUGUUCACCGCUGUCGUUCUCAAGCAGGGCGAGCGAGUUGCAGAGUUAAUCCUUCAUCACGCCCGCGCCAACGAGUGCCAGGAUGUGACGCGUUUCAAGAAGGAAAUGGCCCAACUAGUGGAUCAUGCACUCAGUGACACACUCUCCCUGGGGAAGAUUCAGGUGUCCGACCUGCUGUCGCGAGUCUUUGGUUUACUGAUCCGUCACAAGGUGAAGUUGGAGAGUAAUUUCGCAUCGAUGGUGUUUGCCAUCAUGGUCCUGGAGGGUUUGGGCAGAUCGCUGGACCCCAACCUAGACAUCCUGGAGAUCGCCAAACCCCUCCUGCUGAAAAACUGCACCUCGCUCCUCUGACACGCGUCCAUCACACUGCCAACAUUUACCUCAAAAAUGAGUGUCAAUCAGGGAAUUUAACCUCACUGAGAGAGGAAACCGUACAUAUAUGGGAUCAAUUUACAAGAGUUCGGUCCAUCUACAGGGUUCCCGGAUCAAUAAUAUAAAGUAGACUGUGAAGCUGAGACUGGAUUGUACUGACAGGGCCAAAUUCAAUCUUCAUAUGUGAACUAAAUCCUACAGUCCUGAAGUUUACAGACUUUAAGAUGCUAAAUUCAAUGUAAGGUUCAAUUCAAUUACAAGGUUAUUUAUAACCUUUUAUGUAUGAAAAACAAUAAUAUAUAUAUAUACAUUUCCACCUGUUGGGCUGCUUUCACUUAUGUUUGAGUGCUUUUAGACCCAAACCCUGAAAAAGUACAUAUACUAUUGUGUAGCAGAAGUCUGUUGUAUUAGAUUAUAGACUUAGUGCUUACAAUCUAUGCAAAUGUAAAGGAUCCAGAUUUUAUCCAUAGACAAUGUCCUUUUGUUUGUUUGUGUUCAGUUAACAUAAAAAUGGUUAAAUAUAUAAAAAGUUGGCCUGUGCCCAUUAAAUGUGUCUGAAACAAACUUGUCAAUCAAACUUUGUGAUUUUUACCUGAUCCCUGAGGAUGAGUUUAUCAAUUGUGUUAAUCUCUAAUCUUUCCUUCUUUCCCCGUCCACAUGACUGUGUUUUGUUAUUUACCCUCUGAGAAAUGGAUGAAAAUAACUACUUUGUGUAUUUUGCACACUUUUGCCUGAAUUAAACGGAAUUAAAUGAAUAAUCUAUACUUUGACAGAGA